GUAAAACAACUUCCAUUAAUUUAAAGUAAUUAUAAUAAUACCAUCGCGAAAUAAACUAGAUAAAUUUAAUUAUGGACUCAUUAUUAUCAACGUUAUUCGCAACCGCGCUAAUAAUUGUUCUGGUAAUAAUAAUGAUUUAUCAUUACAAUAGAUUAGAUUUAUAUAAAGCAGGGUAUAAAAUACCAGGGCUUUGGCCGGUAUUACCAAUUAUCGGAAAUGCUCAUCUUUUUUUUGGUAGCGUCGACAAAUUUAUUAGCAGAAUCAUUUUAUUAGAUGAAUUUGAAUUUUCACCGAUCAGAUUUUGGCUGGGAAAUAAAUUGUGCGUUGUUUUAUUUGAUCCCGAUCAAAUGAAGGCAGUUUUUCGUAGUCCAAAAACUAUCGAAAAGGAUGGAUUAUAUAAAAUUCUACAUCCUUUUAUCGGCACAGGAUUAUUAACAGCUCCUGCAAACAAAUGGAAGAUCCGUCGUAAAUUGAUAGUUCCAGCUUUUCACCCAAAAAUACUUGAAUCCUUCGUGGGAGUGAUGAAUGAACAAUCCAAUAUUUUGGUAAAAAUUUUGGAAUCCCAAAUCAACAAGGAUGAAUUCGAAUUGUUUCCUUAUAUAUCACGUUGCACUCUCAACAUAAUUUGUGAAACAGCGAUGGGAGUAUCUGUAAAUGUACAAACUAGCAGAGAUUCGACUUAUGUACAAGCACUUAACAGACUUAAAGCAAUAUUUGCCCACCGAAUGCUGAAAAUAUGGUUGCACUUUGAUAUAAUUUUCAACUUAACAAAAUUAUCAAAAGUCCACAAAGAUUGCAUAAAUUUUUUGCAUAAUCAUACAAAUAACGUUAUCGAAAAAAAACGAAAACUAUUUUCUGAAAUAAAAAAUAGUGAAGAUGAUGUUACGCAAACGGGUGGGUCUAAAAGAAAAAUUUAUUUGGACUUAUUAAUGGAAAUGUCAAACGAAGGAUCAAAACUUACAAACGAAGACCUAAGAGAUGAAGUCACUACUCUGAUAACUGCUGCUAAUGAUACAACUGCAAUUGCCAAUACGUUUUUUAUUUACAUGCUUGCUAACUUUCCAGAUGUACAAGAAAAAUGCUACGAGGAGCUUGUGGAGAUAUUUGGUACCAAGACAAACGACAAAAAGGAAAUAGAGAUCAAAGAUCUCAACCGAAUGAAAUAUUUAGACCGAGUUAUUAAAGAAACAAUGCGACUUUUUCCUCCAGUACCAGUUUUGAUCCGAGAAGUGAGCGAUGAUUUAGAUAUUGGAGGAGGAUACACACUACCAAAAGGCACUGCUGCCAUUUUAUCAGUAUCAAAACUUCAUCGCUCUGCAAAUUUCUGGGAGGAUCCUCUUAGAUUCAACCCUGAUCGAUUUUUAGCUGAACAGGUCGCACUACGGCAUCCUUUUGCUUACGUUCCUUUCAGCGCAGGUCCUCGAGGGUGUAUCGGCUGGAAAUACGGAAUGAUGAGCAUGAAAAUACUCCUAGCUACACUCAUACGAAAUUAUGUUUUUAUCAAAGACAAGCAUGUCAGCAUCGAGGAUAUUAAAGUCAAUGCUGACAUUUUUAUUAAAACUUUUGAGCCUAUUAGUGUCAAAAUUAAACUCAGACAAUAGAUUUCAUAGAAAAACUCUUUUUUUAUCAAGAAAUAAUAAGGUAAAAUAAAUAAUCCCUAAUU